AUGGUUGAUGAGGAGGUUUCGAGUUUUGAAAAUAGUAAUUCAUGUAGUAGACCUAUAGAUUGCAGAUGGUGGGAUGGAAAGGCGUUGUUUCCGUUGUUGCUGGUGAUGGGAAUGGUAAUCUUAAGUAUACUGACAUGGUUGAUGCUUCCGUUGUUGUUGGAUCUUACAAAAAGAUUGUCUGAUAAGAAUAAGAGUUUCGUGGAAAAGAAACUCAACAAACUUAAAAGAGAGGUGGAGUUAUUCGGACCUCAAGAAGUGGUUAACAAAUAUCGUGAAUAUACAGACAACGAAGAAGAUUACUUAUGA